AUAAAGUGCACUUAUGAUCUGGUGUUUGAUGUCGCGAUGGCCAAAGUCUGUGCUGUUUUUGGAGGAUCUAGAGGAAUAGGAAAAGCCAUUGCAAAUCUAUUGUCCCAAAAAAACUAUAAAGUGGCAAUAAUUUCUAGAAAUUUAGAAGUCGCCAGAGCCACAGCACAAGAGGUUGCCGCCCCCCUUGCCAUUAGUUGUGAUAUUUCCAAGGAGCAUGAGGUUCAAAACGCAUUUAAAGAGAUUGCGCAGAAUUUAGGUCAUGUCAGAUACCUGGUGAAUGCUGCUGGUAUUAGUAGAGAUGGGCUGUUGUUGAGAACCAAUUCAGAAGACAUUUUGUCUCAAAUGUCCAUCAACCUUCUUGGAUCCAUACAAACAUGUAAAGUGGCAAUCAGAGGUAUGAUGCAGCACGGAGGAGCUAUUGUUAAUAUUGGAAGCAUCGUUGGUCACAAAGGGAAUAUUGGUCAGAGUAUAUACAGCGCCAGUAAGGAAGGAUUAGUCGGAUUCUCCAAAUCUCUUGCUAAAGAAUUAGGAAAGAAGAACAUUAGGGUAAAUGUAGUUGCCCCAGGGUUUAUUCACACUGAAAUGACAUCAAGCUUGGAUGAGGAGUCCCUAAAUAAAAUGAUUCCACUCGGCAGAUUUGGAGAGGCAGAUGAAGUUGCAAAAUCUGUUGCUUUCCUGUUGGAGUCACCUUACAUCACUGGUCAUGUGUUAGUGGUGGAUGGGGGAUUACAGCUACAGAUCUAAGAAUAUCUGUGGUGGGGGCAUUCCAGAAACACGACACUCCAGCCUCACUGGGUAACCUUCAGCGACUCCGGUAUUCUGAAGCUUUUCUACAAACACAGGAGGCUUGUGGGCAUCUUUAGCUGUUGUUAAAGGAAAACAAAUCUGCCGUUAUCAACUGUUCAUGUAAAACACCAAAGUUUUAUGUAUAAUUUCUUAAGAGUAUUAAAACAAUGUAAAAAUAAAAUCUGUUGUACACUGUUUACAUUAUAUAAUUUUAAUAAAUCUGAUUUAUUUUUA